AUGAUGCACAACCUUGCCAAAAUUGCCACCCGUGGACUUCAUCAGUUCAGAGCAAGAGACAUUGCAUUUAUUGUACACCAUCUAUUCAAGAAGAAUAUUCAAAACAAAGCCAUUUUUGAGGCUGUCGGGGAAGUUAUGCUGUCACGAUUCCAAGACUUUUAUCCAAAGGACAUUGGCAUGAUUCUUUGUUCUUGCAGCAGACUUGGAUUCAGAGCAAUGCCCUUUGCUGAUGCAUUGGCAGACUUGAUUAUGCCCGAGAUGGAUUCCUAUGAAAGCAAAGAUCUUUCCAGUGUCAUCUACUCAUUCGGUGCAAUGCGUGAACCCCGAAUGGAUAUGCUCAGAAACGCGGCGUCGGCCGCAGUCGGUAUUUCUUCGACAUUCGAUUCCCGAGAUAUGACUCGCAUGCUUCGAUCGUUUGCCAUGGCUGGGUAUUGGGACGAGGAGCUGGGAGAGACCAUGGCAAAGCAAGCAAUUUCAAUUAUGAGUACAUUCAGCACCCUCGAUGUUGGCCAAUUGGCGGUCGCAUUUUGCCAACAGGGGAAGCCCCAACGAGAACUCUUUUUUGCUAUCUCAAAGCACGUUACUCAAAAUUGUCACAAAAUGACAGCUGAGGAUAUCUGCAAUAUCGUGUAUUCAUUUACAUAUUUGAACCAUGGAUGUCGAGCCUUCUACGAUGAAAUUGCAUCAGCAGCAAUUCUCAUCAUGGAUACAUUCAAACCAUUGCACCUGCGAUCUAUCGUUUGUUCGUACUCCAAGAUCAAUUAUUUUCAUGCUCAGCUAUUUGAAGAAGUUGCUGAGUCUUCCAUUCUGAACAUGGACUCAUUCACUGUUCCAUAUCUGAAACAGCUUGUCAGACACUUUUCUAAGCUUCAGUACUACCACGAAGAGUUGAUGCUAGAAGCUGGACGACAGAUGGUUGAUGAAAAUGGGAAAUUCCAUGUGGAGACUCUCUUACAUGUCCUGGACGCUUUCGCGAUGCUGAAUAUCAAGCCUUCAAUGCUAGAGGACCUCCAUAUCAAAUGCAAGAAUGUGAUUCACAUCUUGGAAACUACUGAAGAGCUCAGCCUGGUGAAAUCACUCAGUCGUCUCCAGAUGGAAGGCGAUUGCAUCGACAAGAUCUCGCAGAAGAUAUCUGAGGAUAGUCCUGACCUAACAAACGAGGAAAUCGUUGAAGUUGCCAAAGUAUUCACAAUCGUGCAAUACAAGAAGACUCAGUUUUGGACAGCGAUUGGAAAAGAAAUUCUUCGUCGUGAUCAUACCAAGUGGACUGUCAAGCAACUUGGGGUUCUAUCUUCAGCCUUUGGUUCAUUGUCGUCUUCCUUGUGUGCUGAACCAUGGAGUGAGGUGGUUUCCAAGUGCUUCAAAAUGUUCUUCAUAAUGUUUCAACUGAAGGAGUCAUCCGAGAUCACAAUCCAAGACGUCGCGGCAGUAUCCAGUGCAAUUCCUUUUGGCAAGAGGGCAGGACUUCUCCCUUCAGGGUUCGUAGUCCAAGUAACUCGGCUUGCCAUCAGCAAGGCACCGGAAGCUCGCCCUGAUGACGUUCGUUGUAUUUUGAUCAACUUGUCUCAGAUUGACCUUCCAAUAUCAUCCCGUCGCAGAUUUCUUGGUAUCUACAGAGCCAUCUUCAAUGAAGUUUCUGUGUUCUUGAAUUGUAAAGACUGCAAAAAGAUCACCGAGGUCUAUGUGGAGAUGGAUCAGAUUCGAGAUGAUUCCACUUGGGCAAACAACUUCUCCUUUCUGAACAUAACACUCUAG